CCCGUUACACUACAUUUAAAGUGGUCACUGGUCAGUCAGUGGUCACACAAAAUACACACAAACUGAGUCAGAAGUCAGAGAGAGACCGUUUACCUUCCAAGGGCUCUCAGUUACCAUCUGUUGCUACAAGAUAGAAAGGAAAGAAUCAAAGGAAAGCGAUCACAAUGGCCACUUUAGAAGAAGACAUGACUCAAAGCUCUCCUUCGCCUAAUGCAGUCGACUAUUCAUCAAAAGACAGGACCAUAGUUACAGAAGAACUUGAAAAGAAGUUAAAGUUCAGAGCUGAGAGGGACUCACUCAUUCAGAAGAAUAUCCUUCCAGCUGUAUCAGCUUCAUCAAUAAUACUGGCUCAGACACAGCAGCUAGCCAGGGCAAAGACAGCUGAUGUAUUACAACAGAAAUUGAGGGACAGAGUCUCCAGAAGUGAAUUAUUAAAGAGAAACAUAUUACCAGACAUCAAAGAUGUUGUUGAUCCUUCUCUUCAUGCUCAACACUUGCAGCUACAGAAGAAAAGACUCGCCGAUGAUCUCAAUGACAGAAUAGCCAACCGCCCCGGGGUACUAGAACUAGUCAAGGACAGGAUACUAGAACCGACAAACCUUUCACUAGCAGAAGCUGCUUUAUCAGUUGGUACAUCAAUGAAAUCCCCACCACAGCAGCAGCUUCAGUUUUAUUCAGGACCCCAUGAUCACAAACUAUCAGAAUCAACAAGUCCUCUAGCGUCUUCUCCUGGUGAUCCUUAUGGUGAGUCCUCAUCUCCUCCUUGUCUUACGUCCCCUCCUACUGUUGGUCAUCUUCACAGUAGUCUGGGUCGUCCACCAUUGAAGCAGAGUACUAGUGAUGUUGGUAAAGUUCCUUCUCCUAGUCAGUCUAGGAAGAAACAGCACAAAGGAAAGUAUAGGAAGCUUCGUUAUCACGAGUACGUACCGCCGACCAAAAGUAACGGGAAGGGUGGGAAGACCACGCCCUCAAAGCCUCCGAAACUAGACACGCCCUAUGCCCUCCUCCUUCAACAGCAGCAAGUGUUCCUACAGCUACAGGUUCUUCAGCAGCAGUAUCCUAACGGGGUCCUUGCUCAGAAACUACCCGAUCUACUCAAGAACAUGCCGGCCUCCAUGACAGAGAAAGCACAAGCUAUGCUGAAGCCUAAAGUCCCUGGGAUUGAGCCCCAGAAGACCAGCGUAGCCAGCGGUGCGUCUGUGACUAAGACGCACGAGAUACCGGACGAUAUAAGGGUUCAUGGUCCCAAUGGGACGGUGAUAACAGUCCGACUGGACGAACUAAAGGUGAACAGUUUGAAAUCGACUUGCAAAGAGAUGAACCUCAUUGUCUCUGGAAAGAAAGUCGAACUGAUAGAGAGACUGUUGGAGCAUAGUAAUGGAGUCCUCCCUUCUUCAGUAUUACAGGAUCAAAAGAAGCCAACAGGGCACCAGGUCAGCCAGGGCCAGAGUUUUGAGUCUCAGAUGUCCAACACGACCUCACCCGAGUCUCCCUCUCCAUCUCCUGUGUUCCAAUAUUCUGCAAAAGCUCUUGGAUCUGCGUCUUUCUCUUCUUUCUUUCAGUCAAAGGAGAACGGAGGAAUAUCCACCAUGGAGGGAUUAGAUGUUACUCCAGAGUCUUUAGCAAAAUUUGCGAAAGGUCCUAACCCUCCUCCGUUAAAGGCUGACUCUAAACAUUUAGCGUCGGUCAAACUAUCACAAGUUGUCCCUGAGGCAAGCACUGGCUCCUCCUCAAUUGGAGGACAAAGAAACUUUAAUUUCUCCAAGUCUCUUCCUUCUUCUCCACAGCAGGUUUCACCGACUGGUUCUACCAGUGACCUUAUCAAUGACCUCAUGGAACAGUCCCCACUACCAAUGCAACAACCCAACCAGACCACACUAUCCCCCGACUCUCUACUUGUAUCCUCCUCCUCCUCCUCCCGUUUCUCUCCCUCCCAUCAAACCAUCACCAGUAGCCUCACUGUUACGCCAGUCGACCACAAUACCUACCUAUCGACCGGUCGUCACGGGCGGUGCUCCCUCCCCAACCCCCCUCCUCCUUAUCCCGGGCUGCAACACAAUCACUCGUUUGAUCAGGUCUCCUCCAAUUACCUUUACCCCUCUCACCGCCACCCUCCCAAUCAUGUUCCCAGACUAUCAACCAUACCUGGUCAACCCCAGCGCUCGUACAGUGUCUCUGGUCCAUCUUUAGGCCAGCGGUCGGCGAGUCUUGAUAUUCCUCAUGGUCAUUCUCACCUCUCUCAACAGCAAAGCACUCUAUUGGCUCAGAUCAGUAAACCAGCUAUUCCUAAUAAUGAUAGUUUCCUCUUUCCUGCUGAUGAGGGGGCACCAGCCUCUGAUCUAAUGGAUAUUGAUCACAAUCAGCUAAGCGAUCUACUAGAUAUUUUUGAUCAAAAUGAACAAGGUCUUGCAUUCGGCUCUACGGCGAGUGCCAGUAGUCAAGGAACCUUUAAUACGGCACCAAAUAACGGACAACUCUCUGCCCACAUGCUCCCCCAGCAUCACCAGGACCACGAGAGCUUGCUGUACUCACAGCAGCAGCAAGGACUGCUGGAUAUUGGUGGGUUCUUGGGAUCUUCGAGGGACGUCAAACCAGGGACUGGCGCCACGAACCACGCCUCCAUCUAUAACGACUUGAGUUGGCUAAACGUUGAGAGCGGAGCCGCUGCAGGAAUGUCGCAAGGUUUCAUGCACGACGUUCAGAUUAGCGGAGGAGGAGGAGGAGGGGGAGGACUGGGUUUCCAACCUUACGAACACUUUCAACUUGGACUAGAGGAUUCCUCUGGAGUACUCAAAAGCUCCAACGGAAGCAUCAACGCACUCACCAUGAGUACAGAGAUGCAGCAUCCAUUCCUUGAGUCAAGUCACUGUGGUUCCGGGGCCAUUUAUGGACAAGAUACUGCUCUACUUAACCUGGACUUAACCAGUUAAUGGGCCCUGCCUCUCUCUUAUAAUCUGUUGUGUGUGUUACGAUCAAUAACUUCAAUGUUCUUCCCCGAGCUGUUGUAGCAGGCCUCAUUAUAAAAAUAUCAUUUGCCGUUUCUCUGUUUUAUAUUCUCCUUGCUGCUGCCAGCUGUUUUACACCCUCUCUCUCUCUCUUUUCUUUCUCUUGAAUCUCCAUUCGUAGUUUUUAGAUUUAUUAGUGAUUAUACGCUAAUCAUAUUUUACUAAUGAACUUGUGUAGACUAUACUCUCAUACUCAGUCUCUCUUUCUAUAAUCAUUCCUAAUUUAAUAAUAAUAAUUAUUAUUAUUUAUCUUUCUCUUUCUUCUCCCAGUGUAUAUCUUUAGCUGUUUCUUGUUUUGUUUGCUGUUGUUGUUUGUUUGUUUGUUGCCAUAUAAUGCAGAAAAAUUAAUAACUUUUGAACAAAAAUAAUUUUUAAAAAACUUUUCGAUUUUAAAUGCUUUAACAAAC